UCCAUUGUUUUAGGGUGGUAAGUGACAAACAUUUUCUUGAAAAGGUGGAGCUUAGCUUUCAGGAUCCUCAGCAACGCUUCCCAGUGUUACUGAGAUUUAGUGCAGCAAUGGUUGAAAAUGAAUGGGCCAGUGGUCACCUUGCCCCCUCUUCAUUGUUUGGAAGACAAUCUUCAUGGUACCAGCAGGAGCAGAAUUACGGAUUUGUGUCCAGAAAGUGCAGAGCGGAACUGGGGUGAACUAAUUACCUUUCCACCUCUACCAGAGCAAUGGCAUUGGCACUAGGAGAUGAUGAAGUAAUGUGAUUUGCCAUAAAAAUCAUGCUCUUUCUCUGAAAGUUUUCCACGUAGAUUCAUCAGCAUGAGCCUCCAGGCCCCACCCAGACUCCGGGAGUUGGCUGAGCAGAGUCUGCUGAGGGAUGGAGCCUUGGCCAUCCCCACCCUGGAGGAGCUGCCCAGGGAGGUCUUUCCCUCUCUGUUCAUAGAGGCCUUUACCAGGAGAUGCUGCGAGACCCUGAAAACUAUGGUGCAGGCCUGGCCCUUCACCUGCCUUCCUCUAGGGUCCCUGAUGAAGUCGCGUCCUCUGGAGACCUUUGGAGCUGUGCUGGAGGGGCUUGAUGCACUGCUUGCCCAGAAGGUUCGUCCCAGGCGGUGGAAACUUCAAGUGCUGGACUUGCGGGAUGUGGAUGAGAACUUCUGGGGCAUAUGGUCUGGAGCUUCUGCACCCUCCCCAGAGGCUCUGAGUAAGAGACAAACAGCAGAGAACUGUCCAAGGCUGGGUGGGCAGCAGCCCUUGAUGGUGACCCUAGACCUUUGCUUCAAGAAUGGGACGCUGGAUGAAUGCCUCACCCGCUUCUUCGAGUGGGGCAAGCAGAGAAAAGGCUUACUUCAUGUGUGUUGCAAGGAGCUGCAGAUUUUUGGAAUGCCCAUCCACAGUAUCAUAGAGGUCCUGAACAUGGUGGAACUAGACUGUAUCCGGGAGGUGGAAGUGUGCUGCCCCUGGGAGCUGUCCAUUCUUAUAAGGUUCGCCCCUUACCUGGGCCAGAUGAGGAAUCUCCGCAAACUUGUUCUCUUCAACAUCCACGUCUCUGCCUGCAUUCCCCCAGACAAGAAGGAGCAGUUUGUCACCCAGUUCACCUCUCAGUUCCUCAAGCUGGACUACUUCCAGAAGCUUUCCAUGCACUCUGUCUCUUUCCUCGAAGGCCACCUGGACCAGCUGCUCGGGUGUCUCCAGGCCCCCUUGGAGAUGGUCGUCAUGACCGACUGCCUGCUGUCAGAGUCGGACUUGAAGCAUCUCUCUUGGUGCCCGAGCAUCCGUCAGCUAAAGGAGCUGGACCUGAGGGGCAUCACACUGACCCAUUUCAGCCCUGAGCCCCUCGCCGUUCUGCUAGAGCAAGUUGAGGCCACCCUGCAGACCCUGGACUUAGAGGACUGUGGGAUCACGGACUCCCAACUCAGCGUCAUCCUGCCUGCCCUGAGCCGCUGCUCCCAGCUCAGCACCUUCAGCUUCUGUGGGAACCUCAUCUCCAUGGCCGCCCUGGAGAACCUGCUGCGCCACACCGUUGGGCUGAGGAAGCUGAGCCUGGAGCUACCUGCCCCUCUGGAGAGUUAUGAUGCCCAGGGUGCUCUCUGCUGGGGGAGAUUUGCUCAACUUGGGGCUGAGCUGAUGAAGACACUGAGGGACUUAAGGCAGCCCAAGAUUGUUGUGUUCAGCACUGUCCCCUGCCCUCGCUGUGGCAUCAGGGCCUCCUAUGACCUGGAGCCCAGUCACUGCCUCUGCUGA